AUGAUCCGCUAUGUCGCGUUUCAGCCCAGUGCCGUGCCUCCUCCGGUGGUGGCCUUCCUGGCGCCCUCGGCCUGGGCCGGGGCAGAGGCGUCGCCUGCAUCGUCUGCAUCGCCAGAAGACAGGCGUGAGCUUGGCAAGGGCGAGCACGAGCCUCGCCUUCCGCUCGCGAACUCGACGUGCCAGGAGCAGAGGCCACGGCCGACAGAGGUUGAGACGGAGGAUCAGCCGCCGUCACCCUCACCUCAAGCCACGGAGGUCUCGGAACCUGGCCAGGCAUCCCCGCCUUCACCGGAAAGGCCUCGGCUCGGCUUCUCGGAGUUCUGGCAGCCGGCCGUGCGGCAGUUCUACGAGACCUACCUCCGAAACCGCUUGGCCGCCAUCCUGCGAGCGCUGCUGCCUCUGGAAGUGGGACAUUGGCGUCAGCUGCUGGACUUCGGCGCAGGCUUCCGGACCUUCGUCUUCGAUGCCAGCUGCACCGAUCCAAUUCCACGCACCCUCCCAUGGGAGCUCUUGCAGUAUGUCUGGCUGGUCAUCUUCAUGGCCUCCAGCCCGCCAUCGGACGUGGGCAAAGCAGAGUCCAUGCCGCUCUUGUAUGUUCAGCUUGCGCUCUGCAUGCGGGCGUUGUGCCGGCCUGCACAUGCGACCAGCAAGCCGCCAGCAGCCGGCCCACCACCUGUGGUGCAGUUUCUGGUGCGCCUCCUAGGCUGCCCGUCUGCGGCCUCUUUGCUCUGUGCGACUGCCAAAGCUCAUUAUGUGGGAGCACCGAGCAUGCAAAGUUGGGAGGCCUGGACAGUCGCCUUUGAAACAGCGUGGCGGUCCGAAGGCCUUGGUGUCCUCCGGUCUUGCAAGGCCCUCUUGGCCGAGCUUUAUCCCGGCGAGGGACGCAGUGGUGCGAAUAGUGCUCCAGGGCUGAUCGGGGCUCCUAUGCUGCUUGCAGCCUCUGUGCUGCAGCUCUUCACGCAGAUGUUUUCAGGCCUAUCUUUGGGGCAAAGUGAGACCAGAAUCCGGUCCUCCCCAUCGUCCAGCAGCAAAGCGAAAAGGUCGGAAACUCCGACGCAGAUGCCAUCGAUGUACACUCCUACGACGGAGUCAGGCGAAUUGGAUCCAUGCGACAACCUCCAACCUUCCCUGGCCGCGAUGAUUUUGCAGUGCUCCUGCUCUGUGCGGUCAACCAGUGCUGCUGUGGCUCCAGCAGAUCGCUUCCUGCUGUGCCUGGCUGACCUUGUGGAGAUGUGCAUUGAAGAAGCAGACGGCGGCAUGCCCGCGUAUUCAGAUGCACCCCCGGAGCCGGUAGACAUCCGGAGUCUCUCGCGCUUGGCGCGCGUCCUCCUGCAGGCCUUCUUCAUGGACCCUGCCCUCCUGGCAGCGGCAGGUCCAGGCUCAGAUGCUUUGGCGGCGGGGGCGUUCUCUGGACCAUCCGACCCGGACGAGUUUGUUCCGAUCUCGGGUUCGGGCCCGCUGCGGAGGAGCCUCGCGUUCAUGGAGCAGUCCCCGCUGUUGCAAGUGGUUCAGCGACGGCUCUGCUCCGCGCACUUCGAGGAUGUCGAAGGCUCCACCGAGCAGCUCACGCACUUCGCACUCCGAGCUCUGAGAGUGCUGUGGUUUGACCUGCGCAGGUCGACAUGCACGUUGAAGCGCAUCCCAUGUGAUCCCCAGGAAGGCACCACGCUGUUGUGCCUCCUCAUGAAGCCACUGAAGCUACAGCUCUGCUGUGACUGUGACGCGGAGCUGGCCACUUUUCCCUAUGUGCGUCUGGCUUGUGGUGCGCAGGUCACUGUCAAGGGCGUCGUCAUCUCCAUCGAAGUGGUUGCAAGCACAACUGGCAUGCAGCUGCGUGGGGUGGACGGUCUCAAUGUGGUUGUGCCAGAGCUGGAGGUGAAGCUAAGUGAUGCGCCGCUGCUGUCCAGGAUCGCAGUCUCGGCAGUGCUUGCCAUAUUUCAGACCACGCUGCAGGACGGUAAGAGGCAUUGA